AUGCAUCGUAAGUUCAGUAAUGACCACUGCCCUGAGAAACCCGGCCCAAACUCUUCGUCGGGUCUCAGUUUUGGUCGAUGUUUCUCGGCUGGCACCUUCAUCGGUACCUGCUUCCUCAGUCUGAUGCCGGCUGUUCGACACCAGUUGUCGAACGAGGAAAUAAGCCCUGCAGCGAUGAGAACCACGGCUGCCAAAGGACCACUUCUUUUCCAUCAAGAUCCUUCCACAGCGUCGAUCACAGUUACAACGACCGCGAUGACAACUACGAUCUGGAAAAGAGGGCCAUGGCCUGAGGCAUUAAUAUUGAGUGGGUUUUUCCUGGCGAUGCUAGUCGUAAAGUCUGCUUGCGCUUUUGAAUCGUGGCGGUGUCAUCGGUCGAAGUCAAAGCGCUCUCUCACCAGUAAACGUAAGACUCGUACGAGCAGCAGCGAAGCCCGACCACUCAUUUCUACCGAAGCCAGUGAAGGCGGAAAACACAGAUUACAUGAAGAUUUUUUGUCAGAUGACUCCAGCGUUUAUCAUGGAUGUGAUGCGUGUAAUGCCAAAGGUAGCAAUGAAACAACUUCUUUGGAAAUGUCUGUUAGUCUAAUUCUUUUGCUGCUUUGUUUGGAAACUCAGGCGCUUGUCGACGGUGUGGCUGUCGGUAUUCAGGAAUCGGUUGACACCUUGAAACACCUGUUUGUCGGCGUUAUGUGUCGCGAAGUGCUAUGCGCUCUUGCGUUUGGACUCCGUUUAGCCGAUUAUCAUCUAAAGCCGUUUUCGGGAUUUUUGUUUACCGUUCUUUUCGGUCUUUCAGUUCCGUUGGGUAUGGUGAUCGGGUUCAUUAGUCAGAAAGAUCCUAGCAUUGAUGCAUUUUUUGUCGUUUUCCUAAUGAUCCUUAAGGGGUUUGCAGCGGGAACAUUGAUGUACAUCGCGUUGCUGGAAAUCUUGAGCUCAGAGAUCCAACUUCGAAAGUACCGCUGUGGCAAAAUAAUAAUUACGUUAGCUUCUUGCUUCCUGUUUUUCGGCGUACUGUUAUUGUCAACGAAGUGA